AUGGAGCAUCAGUGGAGAGCAUCUCUGAGAGUGGUCCUGGGGACCAUGGCCCUUUUAGUGACUGCUUCCCCUCAUGUGGGUACUAGACCUCAUAAUGGCUCUCCUAUCCUCACAGCCAUCAAAGAAGAACAGAAGUCCCCCAGGGAUUUUGUCUGCGGUCAACCUUCCCUUUCUCUCCGGGUGGUUGGGGGUGAGAAUGCCAGGGAGGGCACAUGGCCCUGGAAUGCCAGCCUCCGGCGGUUUAAGCAGCACAUCUGCGGUGCCACUCUAAUCUCCCACAGCUGGCUGCUCACUGCAGCCCAUUGCAUUCCCAGUCGCCUGAAUGCCUCCCAGUUCUCAGUCCUGCUGGCUUCUCACCACCUGGACUCCCCAAGUCCCCAUGCCUUGGAGCAAGGAGUAAGGCAGAUCAUCCGGCAUCCUGCAUACACCAGUCUGGACGAGUCUGGUGGUGACAUAGCUUUGGUACAGCUUGACAAGCCUGUGCCCUUCACCGAGAACAUACUGCCCAUCUGUCUCCCUAGAGCCUCUUCCCCAAUUCCUCCUGGGACAUCCUGUUGGGUGACAGGCUGGGGAAACAUUAGAGAAGGAGUUCCUCUCCCAGGCCCCCAAACUCUUCAGCAGGCCAAUGUUUCUCUUCUGUCCCGGGAGACUUGUGAGACACUCUACCACCAGGACUCCCACCGUCCUCUUAAGGUCCCUGUCAUUGAGUAUGAUAUGGUCUGUGCUGGCAGUGCUGAGGGCAGUACAGACUCCUGCCAAGGUGAUUCUGGGGGCCCUUUGUCCUGCCCAUGGAAGGAGAGAUGGGUGCUAGGAGGUGUGGUAAGCUGGGGGGAGGUCUGCGGAGCUCCCAACCGCCCUGGAGUCUAUGCCAACGUGGCUGCCUUCACCCCUUGGAUCAUCACCCUUGCUCCUGAAGUACAGCAGAACCUCAUCUCAUCAUCUGCCUCAUUUUCUGGUCAUCCUGGACCACCCAUUCUUUUUGGUCUAUUCCUAAUGAUAGCAGAGUUUCUGCUUGUAGGGCUGUAAACGGGAGGGAAGAGAGAGGGAAAGGAUUCUCAAGAGAAAGUUUCUUGGCCUAGGGAAGACAGGUUAAAAGGGAGAAUUCAAUUUGAUUCAACAAUCAUCUAUGAAACAGUAAUUAUGUGCAAUGCAGUAGGGUAGGUUCUGGAGACAAAGAAGCAAAAAUGAAAAAGUCCUUGGCUCAUGGACCUUGGGAUACAGAACUGGA